CGAAGUACUUGUCCAACGUUUCAGAUCUGUUUCAAAAGAAGCCGAAUUUUUGGAAAUGCCCUAAAGGUUAAAACCUGUAUCAGAUAAAUCAGGUCUACCCCUCAGGUUUAUUCCUUAGUCCUUUUGCAGUUUGCAGCUCCUUGUAAAUAUUAUUGACAAUGAAAUCAUUAAGUAGGGGAAAUAUUAACUUUCUGACAAUAAACUCCUUGGUUCUCCUUUUUCUCAAAAAUAACGACAGCUUAUGAAGUAUGUUUGAUUCUCAAAUCAGAGUGAGCUGGCCCUAGAGGUAAGGAAGCCUUUGCCAGAGAAGUUUGGGAAAUGUGAAUAGCCCCAGUGAUCAUCAAUAGGAAAUAGGAUACCAGGGACCCCCCACUAGCCCAGAUCCCCAUGAUGGUAUUCUGUGGAAUCCAAGUGUCCUGGGAGUGUCUUAUCAACCAGGCUCUAUCUUGGACAGUAAUGACACCAGGACUCCACCUCUGAUAAAGUAGUUUUAAUUGGCUGCCUUGGUUUUUGUAAUUGUCCAAAAACACACUCCUAUAAUCUAUUGCAAGGCUAAUAAUAGCUUGCCAUGCAUACCUAUCCCAAGGUAUAAUAAUAUCCCAAGGUAUAUAAUAACAGAAAAAAAAGAUUUAAAACAUGUCAAUAGAAUUGCACCGAGUCUCCUGAAGAUCCCCACCCCCUAUGUCUUUAUAGUUUGUUAUGGUAAAGUAUGCAUAGCCAAACUUAGCACGUGAGUGCCUGGUUCUUGGCUCACGUUCAUCCAUACUGUUUCACAACCAUCACACUAUCCAUCCUUUGACUGUUUUAUACCUUGCAAAACUAUCCUUUAAACAGUUCCCCAGUAUCAGGCCAGGAGACAGCUUAGUGGGUAAAAUACUUGGUGUACCAGCAUUUCCCAGCUCCUUCAUGCUGCAACUGUAACCCUAGCACUGGGGUGAUGGCCAACUAAUUUACCGAAUCAGUGAGCUUCAGGUUCAAUGAGAGACCUGUUUCUAAAAAAACGAGAUUAAAAGCAGUAGAAGACAACACCUUUCAUUAACAGGGUACCCAUGCAUAGACAAAAAGAACCAGUUCCCCAGUAUCACCUUUCACUGCCCCCUGGCUGUCAUCUGUAUAAUUUAACAAAGGGCUUUAAUUGUAAUCAAAGUACUCAGACAUCAUAAUUUCUUUCCUUCUUUCUUUCUUUUUUUUUUUUUUUUUUUUUUUUUUUUUUUUUUUUUUUUGGUUUUUCAAGACAGGGUUUCUCUGUGUAGCUCUGGCUUUCCUGGAACUCUCUCUGUAGACCAGGCUGGCCUCAAACUCAAAUCUGCGUGCCUCUGCCUCCCAAGUACUGGGAUUAAAGGCAUGCACCACUACUGCCUGACCAUGAUUUCUUACCUAAGGCUGAACAGUUCCCAUGGCUCACAUGGCCUUCAUAUUUAAUCUUAUGUCUGCAGACACUUAGAUUUGCUUGUAGGUUUUACCUAUUAGACAGUGCUCCUAUAAACAUGAGUGUACAAAUACCUCAAGUCUCUGCUUUUGUUCUUUUGAGAUCUGCUUAGAAGUGCAAUUAUACAUCAUACAAUUAACUACUUUUAAUUAUAAUCAUACAAUUAACUACUUUUGUAAAAUUAUUUUUUUGUAAUUUGCAAAAUUUUUCCACCAGGAGCCUAUAUUACUUUGCAGGGUAGAAAAAAGGAAAGGCCUGUUUGUAUCCUCUGAUUAAUUCCUGAUAUCAAGCCCAUGGACCUGUAAAUAGAUGGCUCACCUGUGCUGUGCUGACCGCAGGGACCUUAGGCAACGGACUGAUAACUUCUGGCUCACUCUUCCUCUUUAGCACAGAAUUUGACUUAAAGGUCAGCUGGUAGCCAGUGGUUAGGAGAAUGAGCCCCGGGCUUCAGAUCUGGAUCCUGAUUCUAUUUCUAUCAUUUAUUCUGCUGACCAUGGGCAGAUUAAAAGACUUGGUUUCUCCUUCUUGUUAAGCUGCUUUGCAGGCUAAGUGAGGAUUGUAAAAUGCUUAGUCCACCGUGACAAUUUGAUCUGUCAACCUGACUGGAUUGUGAGAUGCCCAGCUAGCUGGUUGGGUGUCUUCCCAGUGUGCCUGUGGAGGUGCUUCCAGAAGGGACUUGCAUGUGGAUCUGAAGGCUGAGUGGAGUACAUAGAGCAUGUAGGCACUGUCUAAUCUAUGGGCUGCAGGGAGCAAAAGGAAAGGAGGGCAGCCCAUCCUCUCCCUCCCCUCCUGACACCUGGUGCCCUGGGUUCUCAGCUCUCAGCUUUGGACUACAAUCUAUCCUGUCUGUCCCUAUCACUUCAAACGUUACUAACUUUCCUAUGUGUCUGGUGCUCAGCAUGUUUUGUGAGCGAGCAUUCUCUGAAAUAAAAGGUUUGCCAGGCGAUGUGCUUGCUAGUCGAAAAAGGACGAGGUCCUAGGACGCUUUCUGUAACUACCAGCAACAAGAUAGCAGCUGAAUCUGACAGCCAAGAGAAUUUUUGUGAUAAAAUUUUGAGAAAGGAAAACAAAUUGUACAUAGAACUAGCACUGGCUGUGAAUAAUAGGGGUAGGGUAAUGGAGUCACGACAUGGGGAUGGUUGUGCAUGGAAGGCAGUGUGUAAAACGUGCUUGCUGCUUCAGGAUUCCAGGUUGGGUUAGUCCAGAAAGUUUUGGGGGUACAUUGUAGCUGGUGUCCUUUUAGACACUGGCUUUUUGAAGGCUUUUUUCCCCAGAAGUAUUUGUUCAUACCGUAGAAAUACACACUUUAAGGUUACCCGGCAUCUUUAGAACCGGGGGAAACGAUUGCAUUUCCUUAAGGAGAUCUGAAACUAACUCCCAGGAAUAAGGCCACACUCUGGGUUAAAUGAGACCCCAAGCCCUCCUUGAGCGUACCUGUUCUUUCUCGGAGACAUCCAGGCUCUCUGCCUAACGCUGGAGCAUCUCUCCUUACUGCCCAAUUCAGGAGUCAAAUCCAGGGCCUGAUGCUUGCAAAGCAUGGUCUGUUCCUCUACCCUGUGCUGUUGUGGUUCAGGUUUCGACUCAGACACCAUUGACUCCCAGAACAGUCUCCCUGGUACCCGGAGAGGUAAGACCUAAGCUGUCAGAACCCUAGGUACUAUCUCGUCACCUCACAGCACUUGUCAGUACCUGAAAUUACCAAGAAACCGCAAGUAAAUCCUGUAGACUUGAUUCUCAAGAGGACUGUCCAGCAACUAGAGAGACAAGUGAGAGAUUGACUUCAUUGUUUUUUAAGGCAUGUCCUCUGUGAAACCCGGGUCUAGUGUGCCAGGACAGGCACACCAGCGGUUGUCGAGCACAGCAAGGCUACAGGAUUACCUGUUCUCCACAGCACCAUAUUUUGGCUUUUUAAUCCCCACUCCCAUUGCUUGCAUUGUGGGCCCCAGAAGAGUUCAUUCUUCAGCAGAAAAAUGCUAAGUUUUACUUGCCACUAAAUGUCAUACCAGAUUCCUAGAGCUCCCAUUGGAAGGUGCAUUAGAGUCGAAGCCAAGAGACAGGCAAGAAGAGAUAUGUGUUAGGAGAUGCGUUUGGAGAAAAUUGCCUUGCAUAACUGUGCGGUUGGCAAGGCAGGUUGGGAUCCACUGUACAAACCAACAAGAAGGGCAGGCCAACGGGACACGCAGGCUCUGAUCAGGCUGAAGCUGGGUCUGGAGGGAAAAUAUUCCUGCUUUGGGGAGCCCCAUGCUGUUCUUGGUAAUGCCUGUGGACUGAUUGAGUCAGGCUUCCCAAAGCUAUCUGGGAUCGUCUCCCUUCCUAAAAGUCUGUCAGUGGUGGACUUGGUCAUAUCUCCUAAGUACCUUCUUAGCAGCCCUUGGGUAACCAUUGCAAACAGGUGGAAACCAGCUGUUGGUUGCUUCUCCAUAGCUGUGGCGCGAGGACAGAAGAGAGCAACGUAGAGGAAGUGGUCAUGCAUUUUGGCUCAAGGUUUUAGAGGUUAGACCCUUAUGGGGCUAAGAUUUGGUACUGUAGAGCGGGAGGCGUGGGCGUGGCAUUCUCCUUUGCCCCUUCUUCCACCCGGGCCUCUCUAGAAGGGUGCAUUCUGAGGCAGGUUCUCCCUUUAAUCCUUUCUGGAAACACCCUCACAGAUACACCCGGCAUGUGCUUUACGGGUCUCCUAAGCUCUUUUCAAUCCAACCAAGAUUUAACUUAUUGAGGUGUAGCAGUACAUGCCUGUAAUACUAGCACUUUGGAGGCUGAUAUAGGAGGAUUACCUUAAGUUCAAAGCCAACCUGGGCCACAUAGUUCCAACCAGCCUGAGCUAUACUGCAGUGUGGUAUAUUAUCUCCAAAAAACAAGUCAGAGCACAAAGUAAAAUAAGAAAUUAGGAUUUACUGUCGUAAGCUUGGAAAACUGAAGUGACAUAAAGAUGUGUGGUAUAGUCCAACAGUGGGCAGGGUCCCAGAUAGCAGGGUAUGGUCCCACAGGGGGCGGAGUCCCAGUUAGUGGGGUGUGGUCCCACAGGGGGCGGAGUCCCAGUUAGUGGAGUGUGGUCCCACAGGGGGCGGAGUCCCAGUUAGUGGGGUGUGGUCCCACAGGGGGUGGGGUCCCAGUUAGCGGGGAGACAUUUUGAGGAUCUAGGGAAGGAGUAGGAACCAUUCUAUCUGUUUUUCACCCUCUCCCCCAUUUCUCUGACACCGACGGCAGCAAUAGCUUGAACAUCCUUUCCUAAUCCUUAUCCAGUUAGCUGGAUUUGGUUACUGAUGUAGAGCGAUUCAUUUUGGGCCAGAUUUCCUAAUGUUCCCUGGAUGGACUCUUCCAGCCAUCAGUGUAACGAGAAGUCACUUGUGAUCCAUGCCUCCCAGAGCUCAUUAGUUUCUGCUUCCAAGUGUCUUCUUUGGAUGGGUCUCAACUAGGUUCACUAUGUACAACUUAACUGGCGUUUAUUGUGAGACUAUUGAGUGAUUUUAAAAAUAUCUCUCAUAUAACAGGAAGAUAAUGCUCAUAACACUUUUAGAUAAUAAAGAAGUAGAAAGGAGCCGGGCGUGGUGGCGCACGCCUUUAAUCCCAGCACUUGGGAGGCAGAGGCAGGCGGAUUUCUGAGUUCAAGGCCAGCCUGGUCUACAGAGUGAGUUCCAGGACAGCCAGAGCUAUACAGAGAAACCCUGUCUCGAAAAAAAAAAAUAAAUAAAAUAAAAUAAAAUAAAUAAAUAAAUAAAUAAGAAGUAGAAAGGAAGAAAAACCAUACUAAUACCUACUCAGAAAUAAGUACUAUCAAUGUCUUGGUGUGUAUUUUCUCAUAUAUUUAAACAUAAAGCCAAACUACUUAUGUAAGUGUUCAUGCAUGUUUUACUUAACAUGUUUGAUUAGAUAACCAUGUAAUUCGGUUAUUUGUCAAGAUGUUAAUGGUUUUUAAAAACCUACAUCAUAGUUUACUUAACCAGCCUCUCACUGGAUACUUAUGUUGUUUCCAGUUAUUGGAAAUUAUAGACAUGACCAAGAAAGUCUUUGUCUGUGUUGAGACAGGGUUUCACUAUGUAGCCCUUGCUGGCCUGAAACUUGCUGUGUAGAUCCAGGUGGCCUGAGUUCACCUGCCUGUACCUCCCAAGUGCUGGGAUUAAAAAGGUGUAUGCCAUCACAUCUAGCCUGGAAUGAAAUUUUUAUGCCAGUCUUUGUGUACUGUUUUGAUUGCUGUCUUGCAUGUAUUCUCACAGGAAGAAGGGGUAUGAAUUAUGUAAGUUUUUAUGGGUAGUACAUGUUGACAGCUUAUGUCUAGGUUGAUAGAUCACCUCGGGAAACUUGGUUAACAUUUAAUAGGCAUGGUUUGAGGUGGAAAAGCCAAUAUAGCUAUUUCCUAAAGGGCUUAUGAGUGGCGUGGCUUAUUCAUUUUGAAAAGGAAAUAAUUAUUUAUUUGCUUCCUUACUCAUUUAUUUACCUCCUGAAAUUAAGAUGCUCCUUUCUCUAUCUGCCACUGGUAUGUCCCAGAACACACCAUGUGUCUCUGGCUAGCCACUGUCUGGCAUAGACACUUGGUUUCACUAAUGGCUCUCACUUGCCUUUCCAGGCAGUAUCAGCGGCUAACACGAUCUCCCUCAGCCUUAUCAGUGACAGAGGGCUUGAGAAAGACCAAGCCCGUUUAGCUCGGCACAGGCGAUUGAUUGCCUCACUCUUGCCUCUCUCCUUCCAACAUCACCUAGGAACAGUCUGAGAUCUAAGUAAGAUCCAUUUCCUCGCUCUGCCGCAGCAGCGUCUUUUAGAAGGACUGCCAGGCACAAUGAAGGUUCUCUUACUAAAAGACGCCAAGGAGGAUGACAGCGGCCUGGAUCCAUAUAUCCAGGAGCUGCGAUUGUGUGGCCUAGAAGCCACACUGAUUCCUGUGCUGUCAUUUGAGUUUAUGUCUCUCCCCAGUUUGUCAGAAAAGCUGUCUCAUCCUGAAGGCUUUGGAGGACUCAUUUUCACCAGCCCCAGGGCAGUGGAAGCAGUGAAGCUGUGUUUGGAGAAGGACAAUAAAACUGAAGCCUGGGAGAAGUCUCUGAAAGACAGAUGGAAUGCCAAGUCUGUGUACGUGGUUGGAAGUGCCACCGCUUCUCUAGUGAAUAAAAUUGGUCUGGAUGCAGAAGGAGCGGGCAGUGGAAAUGCAGAAAAGCUUGCUGAAUAUAUUUGCUCAAGGAUCCCCAUGGAAAGCAUGCAUGUCUAUCAGACAGUUCCACACCCUGGGAUCCAAGGGAGCCUGAAGAGCUACUAUGAAGAUCAGGGUAUCCCAGCCAGCAUCACGUUUUUCAGUCCCUCCGGCCUUAAAUACAGCCUCGAGUAUAUUCAGGCGUUAUCUGGCAGCAGCUUUGACCAGAUUAAGUUUAUAGCCAUUGGCCCCAGUACAACCCGUGCUAUGGCUGCUAAGGGCCUGCCUGUGAGCUGCACUGCAGAGAGCCCCACACCACAAGCCCUGGCUGCAGGCAUCAGGAAUGUGCUGAAGCCAAACCACUGUUGCUGAGGGCUGUGCAGAGCCAGCUCCUUCCCUGUGCACGGGACAGCUCACUGCCUCUAGGAUGGAACGCAGAUUCGGAGAGAUCUGGAGAAGCUGCCUGUGAGCAUGUCACCGUCCUCCAUGGAGUCCAGCUUGGAGCCUACGCCAGGUUCACUGGCCAUUAGGUCACUGCCAUUCGACACAGGGGGAGAGAAAGCUUCCUGGGUCUAGAAAGAAGGAACUGAAAUCGACCAUGUGGUGACUUGUGCCCACUCUUUUACAAACUGUAUUUCUUUUAUGUUUAUCGGUGUCUUGUCUGCAUGUACAUCUGUGUGCCCUGUGCAUAGCCAGUGCCUGGAGAAGCAAAGUAAGGGUGGCAGAUCCCCUCGAACUAGAGUUAGAGACAUCUGUGAGCUGCCAUCCAGGUACUGGGAAUUGAACCCAGGUCCUCUGAAAGAAUAAGUACUCUCAACCACUGAGCCAUAACUCCAGCCUACUAUUAUCAUCUGUGGUUCUCAGUGCAAAGUGGUGUUCUGGGACAACAGAACAUCAUAGGCUCUCUGAUGCUGACCUGAUAAGAAUGAUAAAUCGCUAUGUGUGAAGUAGAUUUAGUCAUCAUAAAUUAAAUAAAUAAAUAAAUAAUAAAUAGGACUGAUCUGAGUAUGGUAGCACACUCAUCAACCCAGCACUGCAAGAAUGGAGACAACAGUCAUGAAUUUAAGGUCAGCCAGGACCAUAUAGUGAGACACUCUAGGCUAUAUCUAAAAAUUUAAAAAAAAAAAAAAAGACUUAAAAGUUCUGGCCUUUGGGGAGGGGGGCUGUGGAUAAUUAUACUUUAAAUACAGAGAUUUCUUUUUUAUCUCA